AUGAUUCACCUUGCUUCACCUUUGGUCACUUCUCCUCCAGCGACGUCAGGCCUUCCUCAUUACAAAUUGACCAACGAUAAGCUAAUACUUAUAACUGAAUGGUUUCACUCUCAAUUGGGUGUGCGACUCCUCCAUCGCACUGAUGACUACGAAUGUGACUCUUCCACUACACCUGUGAUUGCGUCCCGUCUCACCUCCCUGACCGCUACCUUAAUAGGUUUAUCUAUUCAAUUAGAUUUUUCUUUUCAGUUAGAAAUCGAUUUCGUCGCCUCCCCAGCUCUUCAUCUCUUCACUAAAAUCUCUCUUCAUCUAUCCACUAAAAUCUUCACGUCAAAACCAUUGUGGUGGUUGUGGCGAAAUCAAAAUGCGGGAUUGAACCAUUGUAGCAGAGCGAUCUUGAAACUUUUGAUUAAUACUUCUCAAGUCGUCUCCAAGGUGAAUCAGACCAUCUUCUCAAUUUAUUUGACAUUGAAGAACAGUGCGUUGAAUUUCUUUGUCGUGUCCAAUUUAUCUCGACCAGAUCUCAAGCAGGAGCUUCUUGCAUUAGGUGAGCAGAUUGGGAAUGCUGGAUCAGGGUUAUCAGAGGAUUUUAUUUCAGGUGGUUUGCUUUUCAACAUGAUGAUACGUGUAGCCGUAGAAAAUCAACAAGGUGGUGUUGCUGCUAUAGACCAUGGGGAAAUGCCAAAUAAUUUUACAUGUGGGAAUAAAAGCUUGUACAAUGACAGGGUUGAGUCUUUUGCAGCAGCUCUAUGGAAAUCUAUUAUAACUUGA